AAGUCGUCCUAAUGUGGCUCCGACGAUAAAAACCGAGCCGUCAUGUUUCUGUCCCUCCCUCUCUGCCUCUGUCCGUCGGCCAGGCUGCUGCACUCAACCUCCCCGGAACAAAAUACCCGAAAGCAAACAUGUCUGAGAAACUUCCCUUCAAAGUUGCUGACAUCAGCCUGGCUGAAUGGGGACGCAAGGCCAUCGAUAUCGCAGAGAACGAGAUGCCCGGCCUCAUGAAGAUGAGGGAGAUGUACGGUCAGUCCAAGCCUCUGAAGGGCGCUCGUAUUGCUGGCUGCCUCCACAUGACCCUGCAGACCGCCGUGCUCAUCGAGACCCUCACGGCCCUCGGAGCUGAGGUUCAGUGGUCCAGCUGCAACAUUUUCUCCACUCAGGAUCAUGCUGCCUCUGCCAUUGCCAAGGCUGGCAUUCCAGUAUAUGCAUGGAAGGGUGAGACCGAUGAGGAGUACGUGUGGUGCAUUGAACAGACCCUGUACUUCAAAGACGGUAAACCCCUCAACAUGAUCCUGGACGAUGGAGGAGACCUCACCAACCUGGUCCACCAGAAGUACCCUCAGCUGCUGAAAGGUAUCCGUGGAGUGUCAGAGGAGACCACUACAGGUGUCCACAACCUGUACAAGAUGAUGAAGAAGGGCGAGCUGAAGAUCCCCGCCAUCAACGUCAACGACUCCGUCACCAAGAGUAAGUUUGACAACCUGUACGGCUGCAGGGAGAGUCUCAUCGACGGUAUCAAGCGAGCCACCGACGUGAUGAUCGCUGGUAAGGUCGCCGUGGUGGCAGGCUACGGUGACGUCGGCAAGGGCUGCGUCCAGGCUCUGCGUGGGUUCGGCGCUCGUGUCAUCAUCACUGAAAUCGACCCCAUCAACGCCCUGCAAGCUGCCAUGGAGGGUUAUGAGGUUACCACCAUGGAUGAGGCUUGUCAAGAAGGAAACAUCUUUGUCACCACCACAGGCUGUGAAGACAUCAUCAUGGGACACCACUUUGAGAAGAUGAAGGACGACGCCAUCGUUUGUAACAUUGGACACUUUGACUGUGAGAUCGAUGUCAGCUGGCUCAACAAAAACGCCGCUCAGAAGAUCAAUGUCAAGCCUCAGGUUGAUCGCUAUCGUUUGAAGAACGGCCGUCACAUCAUCAUCCUGGCAGAGGGCAGACUGGUCAACCUGGGAUGUGCCAUGGGACACCCGUCUUUUGUCAUGAGCAACUCCUUCACCAAUCAGGUGCUGGCUCAGAUCGAGUUGUGGACGAACACCUCCAAAUACCCUCUUGGAGUCUACUUCUUGCCCAAGAAGCUGGAUGAGGAGGUGGCAGCCGCCCACUUGGAUAAACUGGGGGUGAAGCUCACCAAGCUGACAGACAAGCAGGCCAAGUACCUGGGCUUGCCCGCCGAGGGGCCCUUCAAACCGGACCACUACCGCUACUGAGCCCCCGCUGCCAGCCUGGGGAAGUCAAGAAGAAGAGAGAGGAGGAGGAGGAGGAGGUGUGGCCAGAACGGUGUUGGUGUUUCGGUGUAGCAGGGUUUGGUGGGUGGGAGCACUGGGAGAGUUUAACCCAGGUUGCACUCUGGGUGCCAUGUUUGGUUUUUGAUUGCCAAAUCUCAGUGAUUCAGGGAUACAAACAGACAGUUUUUGUGUUUGUUUUUCGCUUUAAAUAGCCUCUUGCAUCAACUGCUAGACAUUUACUUGACAAGUUGCAUCUCUGCCGAUCUAAGCGGUCAGGCAUGGCUGAAGUUUGGAACCUUGUUCUGCUGUUCUAAGGCGAAAUAUCUGCUCACCUGCUAGUGUUAAAUGAAUAACUUGUGGUCAAACUAGUUAACUGCAUCUACGCAAAGCUUCCAUCAGUAGCUUUCUGUAGGAGUUUGUGGACAUUGGGAGGAGGCGUCAGGUUGUUAAAGCUUGAGUUUAAACAAGUCAACGUGUUAGUUUGUCUCAUCUCACUUUGCUCUGACACACCAAUAUCCUCGGCCGUCUCUCCUCUUUCUCAUCAACGCUCUUCUGAAACACCAAGUGCUUCUGUGGCUGUAAAAGACAAUUCCUCCUGUUUAUAUCAUUCCCUCUCCAUUUAUGGAAUAAAAUAAACCCUGAUUCUUUUC